AUGGCUUCGCCUCUGGGCAGCGGCAGCUCCAGCGGCAGCUCCGGCAGCGACGGCAGCCUCGCGUCGCCCUCGCUGCACUUCGCCAUGGACAAGAAGCGCAAGCUCGCGACAGUUGGGGUCCACCUCGAGCUGCAGGCCGCGCGCAAGCGGCGCAGCAUCCUCAACGAGGACGUGGAGGACGAAGAGAGCAUGGAGGACGCGGCCUGGGCCGUGCGCGCGCCCAGCAAGCAGAUGAGCAUCGCCAACCUCAUCAGCUCGCCGCCGACACCCACGACCAGCGACGACAGCUUCUGGGCCGCCACCUCGGCGCUGGCCGACGUGACCAUCAAACCCGAGAAGAUCGAGGUCGACGUGGAGAUGCAGGAGCCGCCAAAGGUUGUCGCGGCGCCGCCGUCCUCCUCGAACAUUCCGGCAGCGUUCCUGGCCACGCAAGCUUUCGCCAGUCCGCGAGAUUUUUUCGUCGCGCCGCUCGUUGUGGCGGCCACGAAUCCCGGCGGCGGCGGAGGAGGAGCCAAUGCCAAUGCAAAUGCAGGUGCAACUACAGGUACUACAGGUGCAGCAACGACGACAACGUCGGAGAAGGCGCACGUGGUGUGCACACUGUGCCAAGUGACCAUGGGCAACAGGGUGUACAGUCUCAAGAGACACCUGUUCCGCCACCACCCGCAGGUCUUUCGCGUGGACAGCCCCGUCAUGGGCAACAGGAAGACGGAGUCGCCGCCGGCGAUCAAGAACCAGGCCUUGAAGAACGACCCGGAGCUCGCGAGCUGGAGGACGGCGACGACGACAAACGACCAGCCGGUGGUACAGCUCAAGGAAUCGUACGUCCCUCAUGGACCGUCUGGUGGGGCCAUGAAGCGCUGCAAGUUGUCGGUGGAGACGGAUAAUACCGGUAGCGGUAGCAGCAGCAAUGUGGCGGUAUCGUCCGAGUCGAAGCACAAUGACGCGUUCGUGGGCUGGCUGCGCUCCGACGUGAUCCCGAUGCAGGCGCUGCAGAGCCAGCUCUUCCGCGAGUUCCUGGCGCUCGUGAACCCAAGGUUCAAAAUGCCGCAGGUGGUCGUGCAGCCGCAGCAGCUCCACAAGCUCAGUAUGUUGGGGUCAAAUCUUGAGAAAGGUGAUAAAUCGACAACCAGUCGUUCCGUUGAUUUGGGUGCCCUUGGGUCUGGUACAGCCGCAGCCACCCCGCGCUUUAUGAAGGGUCUGUGUCUGCAAGGCGACGGGCUGGCUCCGCAGCUGGUGAGCGAUCUCGCGGUGCCCACGCCAGAGCCGAAUGAGGCCCUGAUCGAGGUCGUACGAGCAGGUAUUUGCGGGACCGACCUCCAGAUGAUCGACAAUUACAAGCCCGGCUUCAAAGGAGCGCUGGGACACGAGUUCGUGGGCAUUGUGCGCAAGCUCGGAGCGCAGUACGCGAACGACGAGCAGACACAGCGGAUAUGGAUCGGGAAGCGCGUCGUGGGCGAGAUUAACAUUCCCUGUGACGCGUCCACCUGCGCCACCUGCGCGCGCUGCAGCUUGAAGCGCAACCACAGCGGCGACUCGUUAUCUCGGGAGGAGGUCAUGCGUCGCAAUCACUGCCCGAACCGGUCCUGCCUCGGCAUCGUGCGGAAAGAUGGCGCCUUUGCCGAGUACAUUACGCUACCGCUGGCGAACCUGUACGAGGUCCCGGACGGAGUUGUGGACUCCCACGCGGUCUUCGCUGAGCCGCUCGCGGCCGCAUGCCGCAUCCUCGAACAGCAGGUCAUCGAGCCGUCGGAUCACGUCGUGGUGCUUGGAGAUGGCAAGCUCGGCCUCAUGGUAGCAGAAGUGCUGCACGCCACGGGCGCGGCCAAGACCGUCACACUCGUGGGAAAGCACCGCGAGAAGUUGGCGCUGGCCAAGCAUUUUGUGAACACUGUGUACGCGCUCGACAGCGGAGAUGACGCCGAGAUGGCAGCGCUCGCGGACCGGAUCGUCAGCGAGACAGCGCCGUUCGAUGUGUGCGUCGAGAGCACAGGAACUCCCGGCGGCAUCGCGUUGGCGCUCAAGCUGGCGCGCGAGAGAGGCUCCGUGGUUAUGAAGUCGACGUGUUCGGCGAAGAGGUCGUCGGUGGAUGUUCAGGCAGUGCAGAGCAAGCGACUACGAGUGGUGGGCUCUCGGUGCGGGCCCAUUCCAUGGGCACUGCGACUGCUGCGAGACCGCAAGAUCGACGUGCAGAAGUAUAUUCAUGGCGUGUACCCGCUGGAGCGAGCCGAGGCAGCAUUGGCUCAUGCAGCGCAGCGCGGGACACUCAAAAUCCAGCUCGUCAUCAGGUGA